GGCGAGACCCACCUUCGUCUUGCAGUGCUGGUCCUAUUGGAGAAGAUCUUUUUCAUUGGCAAGGAACGAUUAUGGGCCCCACCGACUCUCCAUACACUGGUGGUGUAUUUUUUCUUGACAUCCACUUUCCUAAUGAUUAUCCAUUCAAGCCACCAAAGGUUAAUUUUACGACAAGAGUUUAUCAUCCGAAUAUCAACAGUAAUGGAAGUAUAAGUCUAGAUAUUCUAAGAGACCAGUGGUCACCUUCCCUUUAUAUUUCGAAAG